CCUAGACAUGCAAUCAUUUACGAUGCUCACCUCCUUUUGCGGAGUCGAAAGCUGAACGGCACGGCCGGCCGUGCAAUCUCGCAAAAAGCGGUGCACGGGGCGCUUCCGUCAUGUCUUUGUCCCGCCCCCCAGUCGCGGUGAACGGUGUGCUUCUUUUUGCCUGUUCUCUCGUCUUCUCGCGUGCUGUGCCGGCAAACGAGCGAAAGUGAAUCACAUCACCGCCCGGCUGACGCCCCCUCCUCCUUUGUCGCCUUGGUCGCUCCAUCGAGGCCCCGUCAAUAUUCACGCCUUGCAGCUGGGCGUCAGUCGAUUCGACAGUAUUCCUCUUCCGGGCUUCUUCGCAACAGCGCAUUUACUAUCGUACAUCCAGACGUUGUCAACGCGAUACGUCAGCACUCGAGGCGGCGACCAUCACUGUGCGACGGCACUACGAACAAGGGAAAAGCAACCAACCAACCAACCAACCGCCGCAAUGGGCUGCGGCAUGAGCACUCACAACGGCUUCGAGGCGGACGACGGCGCGCCCCGACCGGCCUCAACCGACCAGCAAGCGGGCAGCGACGUCGAGCACAAUAAGCGCGACCAAGGCGAGACCAUCGGUGCCGCCGCCGUCCUGGGGGCCGCCACCGCCCUCGCGACGGGAGAGCCGGCGAGCCUGAACGGCGGCAAGGCGAGGCUCCUGUCCGAGGACGAGGAGGACAAGGCAUCGUUAAAGAAGAGUGAGGCAGACGAGACGAGCCGUGGCGCGGCGACUGACGCAGCAAAGGCUGAGCAGCCCGAGUGGAGGCGAUUUUCCUCAUCGUCGUCGGCGGCGGCGGCCCCGCAGCUGGAGCUGCCGGACCUUGUGACCGGGACACCGCUCAUCGCCACAGAGGAGGAGAACGAAGACACGUUGGGGGGGCAAGAGGACGAAGAAGAAGAUGAAGGAGGCGCGGCGACGGAGGCGGCCUUGACGAUGAGCUCGACCACGACGGCGGCGACGACGGCCACGGCCGUGUCAACGACGGCGACGAAAUUGCCGCUCCCCGAGCUGUUGCCCUCGAUUGAUCUUGAUUUUGGGCCGAUUGAGCUUGAUUCAAGUCCCCUGGCACUUGGCAAAGCGUGACGCAGAGAAAGGGGGGCAGGGGGAAGGUUUGAGCGGGACAUUGAUCAGACGUAGGACUUGGUUGUAGAAGAAGAAGCCAUUACGUAGAGACAAGUAUUUGAUGGGCGGCCCACAGGCCACGACCUGGGAACGGGGGUUAUAUCAGCAACUUUAAU